GCCUUCACCUUGGUCAUCGUUGGGACUAUUUUAACGAACUGUGUCUUCAUGGCGAUGGACAAAGAUUACGUUCCAGUGGAGUACACCAUGAACACCAUUUACAUGAUGGAGGUGGUGAUCAAGGUCCUGGCCCGAGGAUUUUUCAUGGGGCAGUUCACUUUCCUUCGUGACCCCUGGAACUGGUUGGAUUUACUUGUGGUGAUCUUUACGAUCGUGACAUAUGUGAAUCCGAAACAAAAAAUGUCUUCCCUUAAAACGUUCCGAGUGCUUCGUGUCCUCAAAACCAUCUCCGUCUUUCCUGGUCUCAAAACCAUCGUGAAGGCUCUCAUCCAGUCGGUGAAAAAGCUCUUCGACGUCAUCAUCCUCACGAUAUUCUGCCUGAGCAUCUUCGCUCUCAUUGGGCAGCAGCUCUUCAUGGGCAACCUGAAGAACAAGUGCGUGCUGUGGCCGGACGGAAACAGAACCUGGGACAACGAAACCCUCGCGUACCUCGAAGACCCAAAUAACUAUUACAAGUCCGACAAUCAGCCAAUACUCUGCGGAAACAGCUCAGGGGCCGGGGAGUGUCCAGAGGGAUACUUGUGCUUCAAGAUUGGAGACAAUCCCAACUUUGGUUUCACCAACUAUGACCACUUUGGGUGGGCGUUCUUGUCUCUCUUCCGCCUCAUGACCCAAGACUCCUGGGAGUAUCUUUACCAGCAGACCCUGAGAUCGUCGGGCAAGGUGUACAUGAUCUUCUUCGUCAUGGUCAUCUUCCUGGGUUCUUUCUACCUCAUCAAUCUCAUCCUGGCUGUGGUGGCCAAGUCCUACGAGGACCAGAACAGGGCGAUGCAGAACAAGGACAAGGCGAAAGAGGCCGAGUUUGAGGAGAUGCUCCAGCAGCUCCGGCUGCAGCAGGAGGAGCAGGAAGCUCUGGCUGCAGGGCUCUCCAGGAGAAAGAGCCGGUUCCGCCCCUGCACGCCGUCCGAGUGGUCACGCAGCAGCUCGGGGAGCACCAAGGGGAGACGGAGCAUACGCGGUGGGUCGACGCAGGUGGCGGCGGCGAGCGCGGCGGACGACAAGGUGGAGUCCCCCCCAGCCCCCGUUGCGCCCCCCUCACGGAAGGUGUACAUGCUGCACCCCGACUACACCGAGGACGAGGUGGUCGACCCCCUGUUCCCACCAACGCCAAUACAAAUGGGCCAGUGCAACGUCUUCAACUACCCCGACGGUAGCGGCUCGCCCGGCAGCAAACGAGGAUCGAAGAAGACGAGCCUGACGGAGGAGGAGAAGAAGUCCAUGCAGGACAUGGCGUUUCACGUCUGGCUGGAGCGCAACCGGCUCGGCAGCUUCCACAGCCAGUGCGGCAGCGGCGACUCCGUCGGGUUGCCUCCCAGGGGAGCGCCAGGCCGGCCGUGCGUUGCGUUCGAGGACAGCGACGUACUUUCACCGGACCAUGGGAUUCCUUUGCGAAUGAGGUCCAACUCCAUCCAGGUGCCGUCAGAGAUAUUUGAUGACCCAGUGAAUAGGAAGAGGGCAGUCAGCACAAUAAGUGCAAUGACAGAAGCUCACGAGUCCAAGCAGAAGUGUCCUCCGUGCUGGCACGCGUUUGCCAACGCUGCCCUCAUCUGGGAGUGGUGUCCAAUGUGGAUUCGCAUCAAGCGGCUCGCAAAGCUCGUGGCCUUUGACCCCUUCAUGGACCUCGCCAUCACCCUGUGCAUCGUGCUCAACACGGUCUUCAUGAGUCUGGAGCACGACUCUAUGAGCGAGGACUUCAAGAAAGUGCUCCGGAAUGGAAAUGUCUUCUUCACAGGGACUUUCACAGCAGAGAUGGUGCUGAAGAUUAUCGCCAUGGACCCUUACUAUUACUUCCAGGAGAAAUGGAACCAGUUUGACUCUGUUGUCGUCACCGUCAGCCUGGUGGAGAUGUGGUUGCCAGAUUUCGAUAAUCUGUCUGUGCUGCGCUCCUUCCGGCUGCUGCGAGUGAUUAAACUGGCCAAGUCCUGGGGCACCAUGUACUCGCUGCUUAAGAUAAUCGGGAACUCGGUGGGAGCCCUUGCCAACCUGACGAUCAUCCUCGUGGUCAUCAUUUUCAUCUUCGCAGUGGUGGGCAUGCAGCUCUUUAAAAAUAGCUACGCCAAAGAAAAUUGGAGCUUGCUGCCCGAUGAUAUGUUGCCGCUGCGUUGGCACAUGUGCGAUUUCUUACACUCCUUCAUGAUCGUCUUCCGCAUCCUGUGCGGAGAAUGGAUUGAGAACAUGUGGAUAUGCAUGCAGCUGGACGGAAAGCCUCGCUGCAUCAUCAUCUUCAUGGCGGUGCUCAUCAUCGGCAACCUGGUGGUGCUCAACCUCUUCCUGGCCCUGUUGUUGAGCUCCUUCAGCGCGGAUAAGUUCGCGGCAUCGGAGGAUGAGCCCGAUGCAUCCAACAUGCACCUGGCCAUCGACCGCAUCCGGAGGGUGGCGGCCUUCACGAGGGCCACGCUCACCGCCUUCUUCUGCAAGUUGGCCAAGACGACGAGGGAGGACGCCGGCGGCUCGGACGGCGUCGCCAACGGGUGCAGGGCGGGCGCCUGCGCGACGCCAGUACGGCGCGUGGGUCAGCCCUGCGCGGUGGUGGUGGCCCGACGCUCGUGCAUGCGCCCGGCUCAUGGCAGUGGUGGCGGCAACUGCAGAGUGCGCUGCUCAGCCGAGCACGUGACGCUCGCCAUGCCCGAGACGGAGCACGAGAUGAUUGAGAUUCAGGAGUGGAAGUAUGAUUACGAAGAGCCUGACUUUGCGGACUGUGCAAGGAAUCAUGAGAAAGUUGAGAAGGAGCCAUCUGAACAGCAGCAGCAGCAGCAAGAGAAGGAAAAGGACAGACUGGAUGAUUGCUUCCCACAGUGGUGCGUAGCUCGUUCUCCCUGCUGUGCCUCUGGCGAGGCGAGUGAAGUGGGCAUGUUUUGGUCCACCCUACGCAAGGCCUGCUUCAUCAUCGUGGAGCAUAACUGGUUUGAGACGUUCAUCAUCUUCAUGAUCCUGCUAAGCAGCGGCGUCUUGGCGUUUGAAGAUGUCUACAUCGCUAAGAGGAAGACGAUACAGAUAGUGCUCGAAUAUGCCGACAAGGUGUUCACCUACGUGUUCAUCCUGGAGAUGCUGCUCAAGUGGCUGGCGUACGGAUUGCAGAAAUACUUCACCAACAUGUGGUGCUGGCUCGACUUCUUAAUCGUAGGGGUGUCCGUAACAUCGCUCGUUGCCACGUUGCUCAAGUACGAUGAGCUCAGUGCCAUCAAAGCUCUGAGGACCGUCCGGGCUCUCAGACCACUCAGAGCCUUAUCAAGAUUUGAGGGCAUGAGGGUCGUGGUGAACGCGCUGAUCGGGGCAUUCCCGUCCAUCGUCAACGUCCUCCUCGUGUGCCUCAUCUUCUGGCUCAUCUUCAGCAUCAUGGGCGUCGACCUCUUCAAGGGGAAAUUCUACAAGUGCGUCAACAAGACCGACAUGAAGAUCUGUAACAGCUCGGUCGUCAGAAACAAGAAUGAAUGCGACGUGAAUGCCUCGCAGGAUUGGGUUAACAUGCCCGUUAAUUUCGACAACGUGGCCACGGGGUACCUGGCCUUACUGCAAGUUGCUACUUUCAAGGGGUGGAUAGACAUCAUGUCUGCUGCAGUUGAUGCCACCAAGAAGAUAAGAGGGGAAGAUAUAUUCCUGACAGAAGAACAAAGGAAAUUCCACAGUGCAAUGAAGAAACUCCGCUCAAAGAAACCACAAAAGCCUGUGCCUAGGCCGCAUAAUAAGCUACAAAAUCUUGCCUACGACCUGGUGGGCACCCAGGCCUUCGACGUGACCAUCAUGGCGCUCAUUUGCCUUAAUAUGCUGGUCAUGAUGAUCGAGACCGAUAGCCAGAGCAAGGAAAUGGAGAACGCCCUCCACUACAUCAACAUCAUCUUCAUCGCGAUGUUCAGCGCCGAGUGCCUGCUCAAGCUCUUCGCCCUGCGACAAUACUACUUCAAGUUUGCGUGGAACAUUUUCGACAUUGUCGUCAUCGUCAUGUCCUUUGUGGGAAUGGGGCUUGCUGAGACCAUGAAGAAUUUUUUCUUUGAGCCCACGCUCAUCCGCGUGGUUCGGCUCGCCCGGAUCGGGCGCGUACUCCGUCUGGUCCGCGGCGCACAGGGGAUCCGCACCCUCCUGCUGGCGCUGCUCAUGUCGCUGCCGGCGCUCUUCAACAUCGGCCUGCUCCUCUUCCUCGUCAUGUACAUCUUCUCCAUCUUCGGCAUGUCCAACUUCGGAUACCUGCAGCACAAGGCCGGCAUCAACGACAUGUUCAACUUCGAGACGUUCGGCGGGGCCAUGCUUUGCCUCUUCCAGAUCACGACGUCGGCCGGCUGGGACGGGCUGCUGGCGCCGACGUUCCCGCUCAACUGCGACCGCUCCUUCAAGCACCCGGGCACGUCGGUCGAGAGCAACUGUGGCAACACCUCUUUCGGCGUGGCGUUCUACGUCAGCUACAUCAUCAUCUCCUUCCUCAUCGUCGUCAACAUGUACAUCGCCGUCAUCCUCGAGAACUUCGCUAUCGCCACGCAGGAGAGCGCCGAGCCCCUGAGCGAGGACGACUUCGAGGCCUUCUACGAGGUGUGGGGCAAGUUCGACCCCACGGUGACGCAGUUCAUAGCCUACAAAAAUCUCUCCGUCUUUUUGGACUCUCUGGACGACCCGCUGCGCGUGCCCAAGCCCAACCAUCUGGCGAUUGCCGCCCUCGACCUGCCCAUCGUGGCCGGUGAUCGCAUCCACUGCCUGGAGGUUCUGUUCGCGCUCACUAAGCGCGUGCUGGGGGAGGGCGAAGGCAUGGACGCGAUGCGCCUGCAGAUGGAGGAGCGCUUCAUGGACAGCGGCUCCGCCGGCAACGGCACGCUCGCACCCAUCUCGAGCACACUCCGGCGCUGGCAGGAGGAGCUGGCGGCCAUCAAGAUCCAGCGCGCGUUCAGGAAGCGGCUCACCAACAGAAGUACCUCGCCCACACUGCAGAGAGGUUCCAGCUGGGCCAGGGCCGGGGGUUCCGACGGGAUGAUGGUGCCCGCCGCCGCCGCCGCCACCGCCGGCGCCACCGCCGUCGCCCCAAUCAUCAACGCCCCGCAAGAUUACGUCGGCAAUACGGGCAACGAGAAGGUGAAGAUUAUCGUUACAUUGCCUUCUUUCUCGUCAGGAGAUAACAUCGUCAUUUGUGCGGAUGUGAAUUGUGCUGACCAUGAUGGGAAACUUUCGUGAAGGGAUUUUUUUUUUUUGCGCCACUCGUUGAGGCUGGGUCUCCUUGUUCCGUGAGUGGGACCUCAGAAAAGGGCUUUAAAAGUUGUACGUACAUAUUAACUGGGGAUACAGCAGACGAGAAGCAGAUCGACCACAUUAUUACAAAGCUCAAAAUAAACAUUAGCGGCAUUGCAGAGAAAAUAACAAAGUAAAUAUCGUUCCAUUGCGAGAAACGUUUUAAAAUUAUUAAAAUAUUACCAGAGACUUUUUUUUUUACGUGUAUGAAACCUUUCCUGAAAUCCUUCACCUCUAAAAGCGUCUAACUUAAAUUCAUAUUCUGUUUGGUAAUGCCCAACUAAUAGACAUUUGCCAAAUAAUACAUUAACCACGUGAAAUAUUUAUUUGAAGCGCUUGUGUAUCCAUUUCCAUAAUUCAGAUAAAAGCACAGCCAUGAGCAUGGCAUGUCAAGACAAAUUGCAUACUUCCAGUAAAUAUGCAUGGUAUAUAUAUAUGCAAAGGGCAUAUUUUUCAAAGGUGUGUUAUGCAUGUUAUUUGUAUAUAAGCUAUAAACAGUAUACAAUAAAUAACACACAAAAAAGAUUCCUUCGGUAAUUUUCUAAGUUCCUAAACAUAAUAUACAGCGCCAUAAAGCAGAUAAAACAUAUAUUAUAAUUAAUAUUUAUGAAACAGUCUGAAACCCCCUUCCCAGACUCUGUUGCUGUUGCUUUAAGUGAUAUGAUAACUUUUUUUUUGCAUCAAAGUGAAUGGAACUCAUAAAGGAGCAACGCGACUGUUGUUGCAUGGCCAAGCCUUUUGCAGCGCAGAUGCCGAACAUUCUUUAGCGUAUAAAGAAGAGCAGCAAGCGGCCAGAUAUUUAUUGUGCUGAAUGAUAGAACGGCUCUCGCACUGUAAUUCACCAGAAGAGCUCUACGUUGGCUUCACGAGCGAAGAUGUUCAUCACGAGGCCGAAUGGGUUCACGUCCUAUGGCUGAAUGGGGGUGGUGAGAGACAAGACCGUAACUUUACACGUUUUGAUGUUGUUAUCCAUCCGUCGGUCGCGUCAGUGUGGCUCGGCAUUGUCUAACGGAGUUCCACGACACAAUGACUGUUGGGAUAUUUUUUCUUUCUAUAGGAAUAUAUAAAGGUCUCCUUUUUUUACAAAAAAAUAUAUAUCUGAAUGUCCUUAAAUAAUUAUUUGGAUUCUGGGAUUUUUUUUUUCCUCGGAUCUGUAUCUCCUCUCUUUGAGUGCCUAUGUUUUUAAAUGUAUUCCACAUUUUACGUUCUGGAAAAAAAUUGCGAGGACCGUUUUGCUGCAAUCAUCAAAUUUGAGUGCGCACGGGAGUGGCCCCAUGGGCUGAUGGGGUGCCCGUUUCACAACGUCUGCAUUUUCUGUUGUUGCUUGCCAAAGUCAAAACCAAAGAGCCAGGCUAUUGAGCCUUAGCGCAACUGCCAACAUUGCUGCAUUCCAUCAGGGGGUGGUUAUCUUCAUAGUUUUGUACUUUGGAUCGCUGCUUCACAAACCUGAGCAAAUGUUUUUUUUGGGGUUUUUUUUUCUUGCAACCAAACAAUACGGCACUGUCUAGAGGCGAGUUCAUGGUUAUUGACCCAGGUGAGAGCUCAAAGAGACCAGGAAGAGCGUCAUUCGCAAGUAACAUAUACAGGGAAUUAAAUCAAUUAUAUUGUUGUUUCACAUCUCGAGCCAAUUGUGUUUUUUUGACGAAUAGUUUUAAGCUUUUUAGCUAUCUACUUGUUUUUGUAUGUCUCUUUUGCUUGUUACCUUAACCAGGGCAUUGAAAGCAAACACAAUACUACACAAUUAAGCCACCCUACACGGCUUAAUUGUUGACAAAAGACAAAUAGUUCACUACUUUAGCCCACCGGUGUGCUGAAGAGUGAAUCCACAACAUUUAAAAUGUUUGAGUACGACGUUUCGCUGGUAAUUACAUCCAGCAUCAUCGGGCAAUUUGCCAGAAUGGUGAAGCCAUCCACCUGCUCCCCGUCUUAAAUAGAACAGCAGGGUGACGUCAUCAUCAUUUAACCCAAUCAGAUGCAGAGAUCAGAGGCGGAGACGGGGGUUAUUGUAAUUAUAUAAUAGAUUAGGAAUCAGUUACUUGUUAUGCUUAGUAAUCAGUUGUAGAUUAGUAAUAGUUGUAAUGUGUAUUAUUUAAUAACUGAACCGAAACACUAUACCCAAUCAUGUGCAGAGUAUAUCUAUUAUAUAAUUACAAUAACUCGCCCCCUUCGCCACCUCUGAGUUCUGCACAUGAUUGGGUUUCGUGUUUGGGUUCAGUUAUUAAAUAAUACACAUUAAAACUCAUUACUAAUCUACAACUAAUUACUAAUUAUAACAAUUAACUGAUUACUAAUCUAUUAUAUAAUUACAAUAACCCCCCCCCCACCCCUCUGCCACCUCUGAUUUCUGGCCGUGUCGGGUGAUGGAGGGUUGCGACACAUUUUAUAAAUAACGCGAUCUUACCCAAAAACCUUUAUGAUGAAUAAAAUUGGUCGCGAAAGCCGACGUGUUAAACUCAGCCACCCUGUGUAACAGAUCUUGGAUCAGUGAUGCAGUUAUACAAUGGCCUGAUGGAUCUUGUGGGGUAUAUAUGAAGGUAUGUAUGUUGAACUUCUUUCGCAUCCUAAGUAGCCAAUAUAGUUUCUCAAGUCUUAAUACAGAGUAGAUAACUCACACUGAGCGCAGUGGCUUUUCAAAAACCUGUUCUCUCCUUUGGUGACACCACUUAUUUAUUGAUAGUGGUUAAUAUCGUCAAAUAGCAUACUUGACAUAAUUUGGUAAUUAUAAACAACCAAGUUAGUGGAAAAUAAUUGUUUUCUUUUCAUGUAAAUGCCUGUUGUUUGUUGCCUUCUCUACCUACUCGAUGUAAAAUGCUUCCAUGUUCUGUGUGAGAACAGUCUGUUACACAAGCUAAGCACCGUUGAGCCUGGUUAGUCAUUGGAUGGGAGGCUGCCAGCAAAUAAACACAUUCCUGUGGAGGGAGCUGGUAGGAACGAGGGUUGCUCGGUCAAUGGCCAGGGUCAACGGCGGCGUGGUCUAUUCCGCAAAUAUGCCCGACUGUGAGGGUGGGCACAAGCCGGCGUGAGUAGAUUAAACGUUGAGUUUUAUAAGGGCACCACGGGGUGACCAGCCCCUCCCCAUCCAGCCCCUCCCCACCCUCCCCUCCCCAUCCAGCCCCUCCCCACCCUCCCCUCCCCACCCAGCCCCUCCCUCCCCACCCAGCCCCUCCCUGCACGACGGACGGACACAAUAAUCCCCUGUGGGCUGGUGUAACCAGGAGGUUCCUACCAGUAUCAGGUGUUGUAGGCUUGCGUUGCGAGGUCAACUGAUGAUGGAAGUACAGCAUUCGGUUCUUAAAUAGUUGUAUCCCUUUGUACGUGUGAGUUUUUGUCUGAUACUUCAGCUUCCUCCCAUAUGCCCAAAGUUGCAAUGCAGGACACAGUGUUUCUAAGAUGCUUGCAGUGGUGGAUAGAUAUCUGUGGAAGGAAUGUUUCCGAUCUAGAUUUUUUUCGAAACGUUAAUUAUUUAACGUAUCUUCAUGCUGACACAUUUGGUGAGAAAAAUCACUGAUGUGAUGCAACGUGUGACGUUUUUCAUGACGUUUUACUUUUGGAUAAAUCUGAAACAAAAAAAUGUUUGGCCUCAUUAAAAAAAAAAUUCAAAUAAAAUAAUGUGCUUAAAGUACCAUUGCAUGACAGCGCUUGGCAUAUGAUUAAUUGGGGUUAAUGGCUGGACUCCAGCAGUUUGAGGUGGAGCUGUGUGCUCCUGGUUUCACUAGAGACACAGGCCAAGAGAGAUACAUAAUUAAUGAGUACUUAUAUCGUCAGCUUAUUCACAGUAACCCUACAAUCCACAAACACCUGGCACAGGGAAUUUGCAACUACUUUCCCUGAUGAUCCUUCAUAUCUGUACAUUUACGUGCAACAUGUUCAUAGCACUGAAUGUGUGUACAUGUAUUUAUGGACAAUAAACACAGACAAAUACAAAGAUCCUCCGUAUAGCCUUAACAGACUGUUGGGGCAAGUGUUGUCAGCAAGCAUCUAUGAAGACCGGCACGGUACACGAAGGGGUCGGUGGCCAGCAUCCUGCCCGACCACCUUUGUCUCCCCAGUGGCGAUGUUUACACACCGCACCAGGUACUCAUUCGCGGUCGAGUCGACCUAGGGGAGGCCCAGUACCAGUUCAGAUAUUCAUCACUGGUUUUGGCCGUGAGUGGGUUACGAACCUGGGUCGCGGGGGUUCAUUGCGCAGCGCGCGAACCGCUACACUCCCACUCCACACUGUGUAACGCAUUCAGCAGCAGGGUGGUGCAGUGGCUACACUGACAUCUCGUAGCAAAAAGUGCCUGGAUUCAAUCCCUGACUCGGAUCCCUUUUUGUGUCGAGUUUGUAUGUUCUUCCCCUGUUCUGUAUGGGUUUCCUCCAGGUUCUCUGGUUUCCUCCCAUAGCUAAAAUAAAAAUCACACAAUGCAACUUUUUUAUUACAAAUUACUCAUUUGCCAUGACCGCAACAUCACCCACCUAUCUUCUUGGUUCUUUCGGUAAAGUCACGUAGAAUGGAAAUAAUAAAAUAAUAAAAAUA